GUUUAGUACUUUGUUGGGUUAUAAGUGUUUUCGGAAUUAAAUCUUUCCCCAAAAAUUGAAUAGAAAAUAAAUUACAUAAACAUUUUUCUUGCUUAUUUUUUUUUUCCUUUUUUAUUAUUGUGAAAAAUUAUUGGAAAGUGUUAUAUUUUAUGUGGAAAAACUUUAUACUUAUAUCUCUUUUGUCUAUCUUGGCCUUUUUGAAUUGUAUAUAUACAUAGAUACUUAUGCAGGCCAACAUUUUUCUAACAAAUUUAUAAAAAAUAAAUAAUUGAUAAGAGUUUUUUAAUUCUUAUUUUUUGUUUUCCUUUUUUCUUAAAGAACAAGAAAAAAAUAACUUUUUGCAUAAAAUAUUUACAUUUUUUUUUGUUUUUUAUUGAAAAAAAAAUCGAAUUUUCCGGGGAAAAUAAUUCUAAGUUUUAGUGACUGUGAUUUUUCGUUUUGUUUUUUUUUUAGUUAUAAAACAUUUUAAUAUUUGAUUAUAAAAUUAUUUAUGUGUGGAAAAAUUUCAAUAAAGCAAAUUAUUCCGUAUUAAAAAAAAUUGGCGAUGGCUAAAAAUGAAAGUAUGAAUGAUUCUUCAUCAUCUUCGAAUAACAGCAGUAACAAUGAGUUACACUUUUUCGAAGGUGUUGAAAAAUUACUGGAAAUAUGGUUUUUACCAAAUCCAUCCAAAAAUGCUGACUUAAGAAAAAUUCCAAGGCCGAUGUGGAAUGCAUUACUUAAAUCAGUACGUUGUGAAAUUAUAAGCUUUUCUCGAAACGAUAACAUAGAUGCAUAUGUUUUGAGUGAGAGUAGUAUGUUCGUGUCGAAGCAUCGUUGGAUAUUAAAGACAUGUGGUACAACUACACUUUUGCAAUGUUUAGAACCACUGCUAGAAUUGGCUUAUGGUAUUGCUGGUUUUACAGAAAUUAAAGAUUUCUUCUAUUCACGCAAGAAUUUUAAAAGACCAGAAUUACAGAUAUCGCCACAUGGAAGUUUUAGCGAAGAAGUAUCACUACUUGAUUCAAUUUUCAAAGACGGCAGAGCCUACUGUUUUGGAUCUGUAAAUCGUGAUUGCUGGUAUUUAUAUACAUUAGAUCAUGAUAUUAAUGAAGGAACAAAAUUAUGCCAUUUAAUUAAUGGUCUUUUGGGCAAUAAUAACAUGAUGAAUGGAUUAACUGUUUUUAAUAGUUUCAAUAAUGAUGAUAAUGUAGAUAAUAAAGAAUGUAAUAUUCGUAAUAAUGGCAUUAAUAAUGAUGGAAAUCAUAACAAAGAAAAUGAUAAUAACAUGAUUUUAAGAACUGAUCAUGAUGGAAAUAUUUUAAAUGGUUCUGGUAUUGAUAAAAAUGGUUUAAAACAUCAAUGUACGAUUGAAAAUAUAAAUAAUAAGAUGAAGAAAUCAUUUGAACCAGAUCAAACAAUUGAAAUAUUAAUGACAGAAUUGGAUCCAAAAAUUAUGUCAAUAUUUACAAAAGAGACAUGUUCAAAUGCUUUAGAAGCUACAGUAAAAUCCGGUAUUAAUAAGUUGAUCCCGGGAAUGAAUAUCGAUGAUUAUUUGUUUGAACCAUGCGGUUAUUCUAUGAACGGGAUUUCAAAAAAUGUUUCUGCCGAUUACUCUCAAGGCUAUUAUAUGACAAUUCACGUUACACCUGAAGAAGAAUUUUCUUAUGUAAGCUUUGAGAGUAACAUUGCAACAUCUAAUUACAAUGAUUUAAUUAAUCGUGUCAUUAAAACAUUUCAACCUGGAAAGUUUAUUGUUACAAUCUUUGCCAACCGGACAUCAACAUCUUCGAGCAAAGCAUUUUGUGAUUUGGACAAUGCAAAUCGUUUGGGUGAUUCAUGGCAACGUCAAGAUAUACAAUAUUGCCGUUUCAAAACUUACGAUUUGACUUAUGCUCAUUAUUGUAAAUUCCCAAGCUGAGGGUUACAGGCAAUACCUUGUGUUUUAAAAACCGAGGUACAAAAUAAAAUCAAUAUAACUGAUUAUAACAUAUAUAAAAAUAUAAAUAACCCAAAUAUUAAAAAUAAAUUUAUAAAUAAUAAAAAUAAUAAAUAUAUUGAUGAAAUAGCACAUAAAGAACAACAACAGCAACUCUCUAAUGAAAAUGAAAAUUCUCUACAAAAAUUCAAUAGAAAAAAUAAUUUUUUAAAUAAUAAUGAUGAAACAGUAAACCCUACAAAUAUAAUUACAACAUUAACUAAUCCAUCAGAUAUUAGAAAUAGAACAAAUGCAGUAGAAUCAAAGCAGAAUACAAAUUUUAAAAAUUCAACAAAUUCAAUUAGAUUUAAUACAAAUACUAACAAUAUUUUAAGAAAUAAUACUAACAUUUUAAAUUAUAACUCAAACUCUAAUUUUAUUUGUAGCAACAUAAAGAAUAAUAAUGAAAACAGUUAUUGUAAUAAUGAUAAUAAUAAUAAUAAUAAAUAUGAAGAUAAUGAUGAUGGCAAUGAUUAUGAAGAUGAAGAU